AUGGACAAUUUUUUUACCAGUGUUGAAUUGGCAGAGGCUUUGAUUGAAUUAAAUACAACAUUGGUAGGAACGAUCAGAUCAAAUAAACGUCAACUACCAAAACAAUUCACAUCGCUAGAAGCAGCAAAAACACGGGGCUUAUUUUCGUCAGCGUUUUGUUUCUCGGGUUGUUGCGAACUUACCAGCUAUACAGCUAAAACAAAGAAAAAUGUUUUACUACUAUCAAGUGCACAUGCAACUGAAGAAAUCGACUCGAAAACUGGAAAACCAAAAGUGAUUCUGGAUUAUAACAAGUAUAAAGGAGGAGUUGAUACGUUCGAUCAAAUGUUACGCAUAUUUACAUGCAAACGAAAAUCCAAUCGCUGGCCAAUGAUAUUGUUUUUUAACAUGAUCGACGUUGCAGCUCUAGCGGCUUUCCGUUUGCACGAAAUGAUUCAUCCAGAUUACGAAGCGCACAAGUCAGAGAAAAGAAAAAUAUUUCUGAAAGAGCUGGCAUUUGAACUAGCUACUAAACAAUUGGAGAACAGAUGCAAAACUGCAGUUAAAUCGUCAGUAAAAACGGCAAUGGAUUUAAUUGGAUUCAAGCCACCAAAAAUGACCACCGCACCACUAGCAAUGCCUGCAAUUCAGGUAAAGAACACAAAACGUCGAUGUCAAACUUGCAAAACACAUCGAAAUACCAGAGACAACAAAACGACUGCCGUAUGCGAUUUGUGUCUGAAGCCAACAUGCUCAAAUCAUUAUGUACGGGCUUGUGAAGUGUGCUAUCUUCACAAUUUCAAAGACCCCGACACUGCUGUUUCAAGCGAAUCCGAUGAGGAAAAUCGUAAUGAUGCAGCUCCGUCAACUUCACGUACACAGGCUAACAGAAGAUCUCGCGUUGAUUCAAUUAUUAACCUUUAA